UCUGUGAUGGAGGAUUGAAGCAUCUUUCCAAUUUCUUUGCUGAAACUUGACUCUGCUAUUUUGUUUUUCAGGCUGGCAACCUCGAUGGUUUCUUCUCUGUGGUGGAAUCCUGUCCUAUUAUGACUCGCAGGAAGAUGCCUGGAAGGGUUGUAAGGGAAGCAUCCAAAUGGCCGUGUGUGAAAUUCAAGUUCAUCCUGCAGAUAACACACGAAUGGACCUGAUCAUCCCAGGGGAACAAUACUUCUACCUGAAGGCAAGAAACGCAGUUGAAAGGCAAAAGUGGCUGGUUGCGCUAGGAACUGCCAAAGCCUGUCUGACUGACAGCAGGACACAGAAGGAAAAAGAGUUCACUGAAAACACAGAAGCCUUGAAAACUAAAAUGUCUGAACUUCGACUGUACUGUAACCUCCUUGUUCAGCAAGUGCAUAAAACAAAGGAAGCCAGCAUGUCUGGUGUAUCAGAACCAGAGACCGGGAUUGAUAUGGGAGCUCUGUUAAAAUCGACCUGUGACACCUUCCUGAAGACUCUUGAAGAAUGUAUGCAGAUUGCAAAUACUGCCUUCACUUCUGAGUUAUUGCAUCAGACCCCACCUGGAUCCCCACAUUUAGCAGUUCUCAGAACAAACAAGAUAAAGCACUCUGUCUUGUCCAGUCACACCACAAUGGAAAGGCAGAUGGAAUUGAACCCUUGUGAAAAUGGCUCUGUAAAAGCAGAAAUUAACCAUCAGGAGCAAACCCUUAUUAAAAGUCUGGAAUGUUUAAACCUGGAAACAGACGAAGGGAGCAGUGAUGUUUCUGUUGAAGAUCACAUAGCAGAGGAUUUGGCAGGCAUUAAAGAAGAUGGAGAGAACAAGCUGCAAGCUGUAGAAAGCUGUGGUGCCUACAAGUUGCUGCAGUCGGAAACAAAUUCUUUAAGUGGAUUGACUCUGUGUGAGGAAGACAGAAAUGAAAAUGAUUCUCCUACCUUCUUCAGUGUCAUGAGCAAUAGGUUCAGUGAUAUUGAACUUCGGGAGGAGGAGGGCAUACCAACAGAAGAGUUCCUGGAGUCAUGUUAUGCAAUUGUGCCGGUUCUGGACAAACUGGGACCAACUGUCUUUGCUCCUGUUAAAAUGGAUUUUGUAGGUAACAUCAAGAAAAUAAACCAGAAAUUUAUAACCAACAAAGAAGAGUUUGACACCCUUCAGAAGAUAGUGCUCCAUGAAGUGAAUGCAGGUGUAGCACAAGUUAGAAACUCUGCUACGGAGGCUCUCCUCUGGCUAAAAAGAGGUUUAAAGUUCUUGAAAGGGUUUUUGACAGAAGUGAAGAAUGGGGAAAAGAAUAUCCAAACAGCUCUGAACAAUGCUUAUGGGAAGACAUUACGGCAGCACCAUGGUUGGGUUGUCCGCGGGGUCUUUGCGUUAGCUUUAAGGGCAGCUCCAACAUACGAAGACUUUGUGGCAGCUCUGUCUGUAGAGGAGUGUGAUCCUCAGGAAGAAACAUUUUACAAAGGAAUGCAGAGGGACCUCAACAUUUACUUACCAGCCAUGGAAAAGCAGCUAAAUAUCUUGGACACUCUCUAUGAAGUACAUGGUUUGGAGUCAGAUGAGGUGGUAUGACUACAGCAAGAACUGCAUCUUAAAACUUCAGGGACUGUGUCUGUUAGCAAAGAUAUGUUUUCUUCUUCCGUUCUUGAACAUCGUUUCUGCUCAUUGUAUUUUUUCAGGCGGGAAGGUUGUUGUGAGUGUUUUUGGGGAAGGGUAUGUAUGAUUUUCAUUUUUUUGUUAUGCUUGUUUUGUGUUUAAAUGCAGAGGUACUGUUUCUCUGAGUCCUAACUAUGUCCAUGAUGAAUGUUUUUGACUGUUUCUCUCCUGCCUGUGGACUCCCUCUUCUCUUCACCUCAUAAAAGUAACAGAGCAGAAUUUGGCCUUUGCUCCUGUACCUUAGGAGAGAGCUGUGCGUGCAGCGGAGCAUCGGGAUGUCAAGAUGGAGCCCAGGCAGAUGCUGAUGGCUCUGGCUCUCCCAUGCCUUGUGCCCUCCCUACGACAGUGUAGGAGGGCAGAAGUGGUGAGAGUUACUGCUACCUUGGUAGCAGAAGAGAAGGGCAGUUAAAUCCCAGUGAAUAAAGUUCAUAGUGAGUUUGUCCCUUAAUUUGGGUUGAAGCUUUUUAAUGCAGCACCUCCCCAAAUAUGACAGAGAUCUUCACCACAAGCAUAUGCGGCUGGUGGUCUGAGCUUCCCCAGGAAUCAGCCUUUGAAAUUGGGUCUCCUGUUCCCUGAGAAGCUCCCAGUAUGUGCCAGGUUCUCCCUGUCACCUCCUGCCAGUGGGCUGCAAGAAAUUUGCUGGCACAGCUAAUCGCAACAGUGCUUUACACAAGCAACUGAAGAUCAUGUCCAUCAUCCUGGUUUAUUAAGCUUUUGGUGGGUUCUUCUCUUUAAAUCAAAUCCACACAAAAACAUAAUAUUUGCUUUUAAAUUGAAUACAGCUAGCAGCUUAAAAAGUAGAUUUUAUUAAAAUCCUUCCUAGGCUGCCAUUAUGGGCAGGGAUUUCAUGGAAGUGGUCAUGAAUGAGUAAAGUGUAGAGGAAGCUAGUGUCAUGGAGCUAUUACACAUUGGGACAAUUACAAACCUGAAAAUCUGAAAUUAUGUAGAAGUGACUGGAAAUUAAGAAAGUAAGGUUUGCUUCUUUCCCCUUUUUGCUGAUACAGAUAAAACCACACCUCUUAGCGCUGCUGCCAUUAAAAAUGAUAAAGAAGUCCUUUUAGCUAGUGAUGGUUAAGGACAAAAUUCCUAGUUGUGUUGAAGAGUAGAAGGCUGUCUGUGAAUUACCGACUGCCCAUCCAAGGCACAAGAGGGUGUGUCAGUGGUGACACUGGGCUUUGGAUGGCUUUGUGCAAAGAGUUGAGUUUAACUCGUGUGCAGGAGGAGAGAAGACUAUUCUAAGAGGUACUUAGAAUUAGUAAAUCUUCAUAAAUAUAGGAGAAGCCAGUGUCACCAUACUCACAGGAGAAGUACUGGCUUUUGCUAGGCUAAAAACCACGUUGUUAGUAAAAUGAAUGUACUGCAGGCCUGCUGCCUUGCAUCGCUCUGUGACAGGAGCCUCUCUGCACACCAAAUACUUGAUCCUUUCUAAAGAGGCUAGGAUUGAGCUUUAAGAAAAGCAUAUGAUGCUUGAAGGAAAAAAAGACCAAACAUCACACUUGGUGUAUAAAGCAAGAUAUUGUAAUUAGGCGUUUAAACAGUGUGACUUCCUUGUUCUUGUCAUCUUCUCUGAGUUGUGCCUAUCUGUAGUUCUUACAUACACCAAGACGAAUCAGAAGGAUGCAAAGGUUUUAGGUUUUUGGAUUUUCUUAAUUUAAGUAGUAUAUAUUUAUGUUUGAGUACAAAGUCAAAACUUUUGACCAAAGCUCCAUUUGAUUAUUUCACUACUCACAGUGCUAAAAAUGAAGCAGAGAGCCUUUGAAUUCAGCUGUCUGCUUCUUCUAAGCCUGAACCACAUCUGUAGUAGAACAACCAACUCUCCACCCUGUGUGGUUUCCUCAGGGUUUUCAGCUGUUAUGUGGGAAGCUUUGCUGUAAUAGUUCUUAGCUGAACGCUCUGGGAAGGUAAUGGAGACCACAUUUCCACAAAAUAUCAGCUGGGGUAUGGGGAGAGGGGGAAGAGAUCCCUCUUCUUUAGAAAUUAACUUUCAGAUCAUGAUGAAAAUUGACUUCCCUUUUUUGCUCUAAGCUUUUCCAGUAGCAAGAAAGUGUAUUCAGCACUUAGUCUUGGAGGUAUUUUGGGGUUUUCUGUUUGUUUUGUUUGUUUUUGUUUUGUUUUUUUAACUAGCAGGAGAACCACUGCUUUGUUAGUAGUGUACUAGACCCAGUGUUUGAUGCUAAAAGUCAAGAGGCUUUAUUUCAUAGGCAGAGAAUGUAACAGCUCCAUUGGGCCAUUAACGUCAGCAAUUACUAACUUCUUUUUUCUAACAAAUAGAGAGUGGUCCACAUUGCAUAUCCUCUAGUCAGUGUGGCAUCCUGCCUCAGAGCAGGCUUUCUCAUCUUGCUCUUCUGUGUAAAGUUGGUCUUUCUGAACUCUGGAAUUGGUACUUGAGAAUGUUCUUAGGAGACCCCUGCGUGCUUGUUGUUAAACAGGGGACUUGCAGGGAAGGAACUGAGCAAGAUCUCCUUGCCUUCAAAACUUGUACUUCACCAUGCACUGCUCUUCCAGGGCAUUGAGCACUUCUAAGACUUAUGAAUGCUCUCUUUCCAGUCAAGCUACCACUGAGAAAGAAACCCAUGCAGCACGUUGCAGAGCUGAACUCCACGUUAUACUCCAAGGAUGCAGUAGACCAGAUGACCAAGUGGAAGCAAACAGACUGCUAGACAAUUUACUUCUUUCUUUUCUUGUGAUGUCAGUUUGGCAAGCAGAGAGGAUUGCUUUUGACUUUAAUAAUUGUAGAGAACAAACAACUAACUUUUGGCCUUCAAAUUUAGAAUUGGAGAGAAGGUCGGUGUUUUCUGUUUGAUUUGUUUGGUUCGUUGAUGGGUUAGGGUUGUUUUGGUUUGUUUAAUGGCUGACAUUUAUGAACAACUGACCUACAUAGUGACGGAGGUCCACAUGACUCUCAGAUAACAGCACCCUUGCUCUGUAUACUUUACAUGAACUGCUUUGGUUUCUGAUACUGCACUAGUCUAAAGUUUUGCGUCCCUUUCCUUUAGAAAUGCUUUCGGCUGUUUCCUUCAAUGUCUAACAGUUGCAUAUUCUCAGGGAUUUUACUUAGCCAUGGCAAAAUAAGAGUAAUCACAGCCUUACCCUAGGGGAGUAAGGCUGCUUUUUGUGAAAUUAGUAUAGCUGAGUGUAGAACUCUGAUACAACAGACGACACUGACAGUGUCUAUCCAGUGUGCAUCCUUGCUGAGACAUGGUAAAUCCCAAAGCAAUCUGAUAGAAGUGCUAUCUAGUACUGAAUAAUGGCUGUCAGCAUAUUUGAAUAGAGAUCAUACACACAUCUUUGUAAUAUAGUGCCGUUGACAUUAGAGCAAGCUCUCAAAUAAUUUCAGUCGAGUUCUGCAUAGCAAUGGGAGGCUUUUAUUUAUUUUAUUUAUUUUGUUGUUAUUUUUUUAAAACAAACUGUGUUCUGGAGCCCCCUCUGCUAUUUUAAGACAUCUUACACUGUUGCAUAUUGAAGUUCUGUGACAUUACAAUUGUAGAAUAUGAACUGGAUACUCAAGUGCUUUAGUGUAAACUUACGGAGUCAUUAAAACAUCCCAUUUUGACACAGUUGUAAUAUGGGUCUCCCUUUAACAGAUGCACUUAAAGUUAAGGGUCAUAUACCUUCACUUACAAGCUUUUUGUAAAGCAUCAUCAGGAUUUAGGUUACAGCUCUUUACUUUAAAAAAUGUUUCGUAGUUUGAAAAGUGUCACUUGAUUGGCUGGAUGUAUAAAAAGUGUGCCCAAAAUGUGCUCCGGUUGUUUGCAGCGUGCUUUGGCAAAGGGGUGUGGACCAUUACAGAAAACAGUGUUACCUGUGUCCGUAUGCUGGACCUUCUAACCCCUUCUUUUCAUUAUCGCUUCAGCUUUUUUUCUGAAAAACUUUGAAAGGCAGUUUAAGGUUCCCUAGACGCCAGAAAAGAUGAUUAGCACUGUUCCUACCUGGCUAUCUUUCCCUCUUCCCCCACCUCUUCCUUUCCUUCCGUUGUCAUCUGCUUUGCUACCAGAGCUGUUGCUGUCAAGUCAAAGCAUCUUUCUAGAAGAGCGCAAAGCAGGAAGUUUAGUAAGUGAUACCAGUGUAAACUUGGAAAAUCAGAUCUGAAUUCCUUGGCAGGCAACUAACGUACAGUCAGAUAGAGAAUGGGCUGCUUUUGUCUGAAGUUUCUCCCUGGCUUGACAUUAUUUUGCCAGGAAAACCACACCGCCUUGAACUUUUAAUUUCACCAAUGAAAUUUAAAUUGAGGCGCUUCAGACUUGGCAGUUCUACCUCUUAUGAGUGAAGCACAGGGAUUUUUUUUUUUUUUUAAUUGAUGUAUUUCUCUUCUUUUGCAUGCAUAGUACAGAUAACAAAACAAAAAGUGAAGGGGAGUGGGAAUAACUGAAUUCAUGCCUCUCUGCUACCUUCUGUAGCCCGUUGGUGAGCAAACCCUGCAAACUACUACAUGCUCCAAGCAACACAAUCUCCCUCAUGCAGAAGGAGUAUCAUAGCACACUUACUGGCUCUGAGCAAGCCCAGGCAGUAGCUGAUCCUGCUCACAGUUCACACAAGGAUUUAAGCACUUGCUUUGAAGUUAGAACAUAGCUGUAUAUAUAUGUUUCACUUAAACACAUAUGCUCCCUCCCACUGGCAUGCAGUUCUUAAAAAUGUGGUCUUUGACUAUCAUUUUUAAUGUCUCUUUCUUGGUAUAGGAUUUUUCCCCACAGGUACUCCAGAUGUGCUAGAGGUGGAUUGGGUUUUUUUUAAUAUAUGAAACUUCCUUGUUUUCAUAUCUUGAUUUCUGCUUAACACUAAGUUUGUUAACUUUAUUUUUCAUCGCGGCAUGCAAGGGGUCCAAAACUUAUUAAUUCCUUUAUUUAAAGUCAUCUUGGAAGUUUGAGAUUUGUGUCUACUUGAAACUAAACAAGUAAAUUGCAUUCCAGAAUAUGGUGACUAAACUGAAAACCAAAGCAGCUUGCUUUUGUGUUUUCCUUUCCUAUUUUCUUUUUUCAAGCCAAUUUUGGGCAUACAUUUUAUCACUGUCAAGCUGAGCUUCCUGCAAGCCUUACUUAUACAUGCUAAAAUAUAUUACUUACAUACUGAAAUACAUGUAAAAUGAAGAGAAGGUAUAUUGCCUCACACUUUAAAUUUACUUAAUUCUAAGGGCUUGUUCAUGCCCCCAAAAUCACCUCUUCCAGUGUAAGCAUUGCACAAAUUGUUGUGACAUAAGCAGUUCAGUUUCAAAAUACUUUGGAGUUUCCAGUCUGCAUCAUCUCAAAUCAUAGAUGCAAACCGUAGAGCAUCUAUCUGCCUUCUUUUGGAGCAUUGUUUAGACCUUUGUCAAACUUUUGUAUUAUUUCAUUAUAAUAAACUUAUUUUAAAUAAGCAUGUUUUAAAAUCUCACUUUCUCCUUGCAUGGAUUUUGUUUCUUUUAUUACAAUAGAGGGCCUAAAGUGCUCUUCAGGACUGCAUCUGUUUUAGGUACUGUGUGAGCAGUCAAAACCAGUAUGUUUCUGGUUCAUAGAAACUACCUGUAUGUAUCUUUGUAUGAAGAAUGUUAACACACAUGGAGCCUGUUUUGAUUACGAGAAUAAAAGCUGUGUCUGGCAUAUGGUUGUGGGUCCUUGGCUGGUCUCAAUAUGUGAAGGUUGUAGUUACAAAAGCCAGCCUGGCAGCGUGAGAGCAAUUAAUAUUUUAAAAUUGCUUGUAUUAUAUGUCCUUUUGCCUGGACUUGAAUCUCUUCUGUAGGAGUUCUGAAGUCUCUGAAAUCUGUACGGUCAUCUUGA